CUACUGAGCAGCUCUGCUCCAGCUCCCACCAGCAGCACUGAGCAUAAGAACAGCAGAACCCCCUUCGCCCUCCUGCUGCCAAGCCAGACAGAGAGACACACAGCACCAUGUACAGCGUGGACGACCUCCUCAUUUCUCACGGAUACAAAUUGCCCAAGACAAGCGUCCCCUGCCCCUCUUCAACUUCAUCCGCCACCGCACCUUGCGAGAAACAGCGCCACGUCGCCGCCACGACUGAUUGCCACCGUGAAAUCCCAGCAGCAGAGAACCAGAGGCCUGGCCGUGUUGGCUCACUGAACGGGUAUGAACAGGCAGCAGACAGGGGGGCCUGCGUCUUCAGGAGCAGCAGCAGGCAGGCACUACUGGCGAAGGUCUACCCCGGCAGCGGUGACAAUGAGAGCGGCGGGGAAAGGAACCAAAGGAGAAAAGAAGCUGGCAGCGGUAACCUAGGUGACAACCUAGCACAGCCCCUGGGCGAUUCUCUCGCCACGGAUAGCGGGUUCUAUGACGCGCCCAGCUUAACCUAUUUUGAGCAGAUCGAGAGAAGAGAGCAGUUGGAUGAGAGGGAUGUCUCCUACUGGAGGAGGAGAGGCCAGGACUUCAGCGUCCUCCUGGAUUACGCAGACGGCCGGGAGCUGAGAGCAUCCGCUGGCUUUCUGAAGGCCUCGGAGGCGGCAUGGCGACCACAGGCCCUGAUCGCAGAGGACCAUAGGGGAGAGAGGGAGAAGCUGCAGAAGCAGCAGAAGCAGCUAUGGGAAGACACCUCCAUCUCCUGGCUGAGAGAGGCCGAUGCGGCUCCUAGACAGUUGAGGGUAGUGACUGGGGUGACUGGGGAGCGGAAGUGCCAGAGCCUGGGCACAGAGGAGUGGAAGCCUGCGGUGGGGCUGGGGAGGCAGCUGUCGGAUGGGGAAGGCGAGAGGUGGGCUCAGGAGCAGCAGCACCGCCUGAGGACUCCAGAGAGCACUGGUUCUAUCCUCCCCAGAACCAGAGGGAUGUCCCAGUCCCUCCCCAGAGUGCUGUCACCUGAUGGAGCUACUGAACACACAAACACACAGUCCAGUUUGGUCAGUGUCCAGCUUCGACCAGGCCAGGUUGAUAGACAGAGAGUGAACAGCACCGUAUUUUCCGGGCCUUAUAGUCGGUAUUACCACAGUGCCGCAGUCAGCAGGGACCGGUGGGCCAGGAACAGUUGGCAAAGCGUCGGACAUGUUGCACUUUUACCAAAGCCCAGGUUCAGCAGGCCUGUCAAGCCUCCAUCAUACGAAAUACACCAGCAGACUAGGGGUAGCCAAGAGAUGCUCGCUGUAGCUGUAGUAGAUCAGCAGGGAGGGUCCAAACAACGGAAAGACACCAGGCCUGUCUAUUACCCACGGGGUGGAGAAUUGCAAAGACAAGACUAUUUCGCACAACACUCUGCUAUCUUUGGCAUGGAGCCCCCCGGUUAUAUCCCGCCCCCGUCUUAUAAGAGAGCCCUGCCCCCAAUUAGGGGAGGACCAAUCAACCGCAACGAAGUGGCAAACUAUAAGUGGAGGGGGGAGAUGAAGAUACAGAUGCACAUGCCUAUGAGCUCAGAGGUGGGAAAGUGGUUUUCCGGACAGACAAGAGGGUCGUGGCUGGAACACUACGGGGAUCGAGGUAUACCCUACAGGAAACAGGUUAACGCUAACCCAAACCUUAACCCUGGAUACACCGAGGAGCAUCUGGGUCAUGUUCACUAUUUACCCUUUGAUGAUCUGCGAGUGAGACAUGUCUCAGGAGGGCCUGGCGGAAAUUCUCUUACUGACACUGACAAGUUUAUCCGAAACAUGAAGAAAGAGACUCCCUGCUCUAAGGUUUUAGGACAAUCUACACAUGAUAGUGCCUUUCCCCCCCCACAGGGGGUCUCUCUCAGUAACGCCUGCCGCAAGACAUCUCUCAAUGACAACGAUGGUGGUAGUAGUACUAGAUGGUGCAACAGGGGUUUAAUAAACAAAGGAAGUGUAGACAGUGUAGCUCCUGAUCAGAGCUGUGGUAACUAUCCAACAGCUUUUCACAUUAGACCUCCUCAGCAACUGAUCAGGCAUGUGGACCAAGGUCAAGGUGUGUCAGAAACUGUAACUCAAGUGACAACGUCAGUCAAUGAGCCUGACUCCACAGAGAAAGAGAAACCAAGAAAAAGUGACUCAGAGAAACCAGAAAAAAAUGAGAAAAAGAGUGUAAAAAAAAAACUUAGUGAGACAAUAUUCUGUUUGGUGUCUGUUCCCAUCCCUCUAACGCCGGGUGGUACGUCCCGUGAUCAAAACAACAACGACGACGAGAAGCCACCAAGCCCAGUCCGGCCACCAAGCCCAGUGGACAGUCCGAGUGAGAACAAAACGGGCCACUUAACAAACCAAAGUUUCCAAAGCACAUCUUCAGCAGAGGCUGAGCUGCAAGCACUAACCGGUAGCAUAGCGAGCAGCAGAUCAAGCAGCAAAAUAGUGAGAAAACUCCCUAUUAAACCCCCCAAAAUAAACCAUCACAAGGAGCUCAAACUCUCAGGUGCCUGGCCUGGGAACCAAUACCGGGACCAGGAGACCCAAACGAGCCCAGAAGCCCGAAAGCCUCAGCAUCCCCCUCCUCCAGGCACUGAAAACAAGGAAGCACAAGACCCUCAAGUCCCUGCCCCAGGCUCCUCUGACGUCAUCACCCAAGAUCCCAGCGGUGUGGGCAAUACUGCAUUCAGCUGUCCUAUAAAAGGGGUGAAGAGCCUGAAACCAUCCAGCAACAGCGCCUUUUCCAGGACGGCCACUUUCUCCAUUUCCAGCCAGCUGAACAAGAGCACAGCUCAGCCGCCAGCAGCAGCACCAACACCACCCUCAGGAAACACGACGGAGGAGGCCAAACCAGCAGCAACCUGCAGUGGGCAGGAAGCCUUCGGUCAGUUCCUGCUGAAGCCCGUCAGCAGGCGGCCAUGGGACGCCAUCGAGGAGCUGGAGACUAUCAACAAAGAGUUCCAGGAUCAGCAGCAGAAGCAACAGCAGAGCAGCAAGAGACCCAGUGUUGACCAGUGCAUUGAGGACCUCAACGAGGCCUACAAAGACAUUCUAGAGCUAGGCACUGCCAGCAAUAACAUUUCCAACAAUAGCGGUGCUGUGCAGAUCCCUGAGCGGAUCAAGAUAAGGCUGGCGGGGGAGGCGGGGCUCAGCAAGCCCAGCAGCCUUAGGCGCAGUAUCGAGAGCUGGUCUGUGUCCGUCGACCCGGAGUACAGGGAGCUUAAGAGCGCCUUCUCCAGACCCGCUGAAAGAAAAUCUGUGACUUUCAGCAAGCAGCUAAAAGAGGAUCUCCCUGUCCCACCACGCAAGCCUACAGGAUUCAGAGAAUACAGGGUUGUUUCGAAUUUGUCACGGAGAAGUAGCUGCAGUGGCAGGUCGGUGAAGCUAGACCUCUCUUCGCCUUCGGAGACACCACCGCCUUGUGACUUUACCGCCCCUAGUGACUUUAUUGACUCUCCUAGGGAUCCCAGCGAGAUCAGAGACUUAAGCCCAACGACGCCAACGACGCACACGGCAGCAGAAGUCCCCUGGGCAGAUAGGCAGCCGAUGCAGGACGCCUCCACACUUACGAGUCCCCCUGACUAUGAGGACAUAUGUCAGUCUUUGCAAAAGACCCGAGACUCAGAGGCCAGCCCGCUGGUGCUGCUUGUGGUUUUAAACAUUCAGGAGCCUUACCGCCGCUGGGACAAAGGAUCGUUUGGCUUAUUUAUGUUGGGCCCUGGUGCCUGCCCGGUAACAUUGUCCCGAGGGCAGUACAUCAAACUCCUGGUAAAGAAGAUGUCUGGGGGCCAGCGGUACCUUGUUUGUGUUGACAUCACGUGA